AUGCGUAGGCUUAGCACUUUGUGGUUCGUGUGGUUCCUCUGCUGCCAGGAAGAGGAUGUCCAAAUGAUGCUCGUUUGCAAGACCCACCUGGGCACUCGCAAUGUUGACUUCCGCAUGAAGCGCUACGUGUUCCGCCGCACGGUGGACGGUAUCCACAUCAUCCACCUCGGAAAGACCUGGGAGAAGCUGAUGGUGGCAGCCCGCAUGAUCGUUGCCAUCGAGAACCCUCAGGACAUCAUCGUGGCCUCCCAGCGACCCUACGGCUCUCGCGCCGUCCUCAAGUUCAGCCAGUACACAGGUGCCAACCCCUUGGCUGGACGCUGGACUCCCGGCACCUUGACCAACCAGAUCACUCAGAAGUACUUGGAACCCCGCCUCCUCAUUGUGACGGACCCGCGCACGGACAACCAGGCGAUCAAGGAGGCGGCAUAUGCCAGCAUUCCGGUUAUUGCCCUCUGUGACACUGACUCCCCUUUGGAGAACGUGGACGUUGCCAUCCCUGCCAACAACAAGGGCAAGGAGUCCAUCGCCUUGCUCUACUGGCUCCUGGCCAGGGAGGUCCUUUACCUGCGAGGAAGCAUGCCUCGCACGCAGCCGUGGGACGUGAUGGUGGACUCGUUCUUCUGGCGUGACCCAGAGGAGAUCAUGCAGCAGGAGGAGCCGGCAGCACCGCAGCAGGAAUGGGCCGCCCCGGCACAGGCCUGGGAGGGCGCAGGUGGUGGUGGCAACUGGGAUGACAUGACCAACGCGGCCGCUGGCGAUGCCUCCUGGGAUGCUCCCGCAGGUGGUGGUGACGACUGGUCAGCCUCGCUGCUGGAAGAGGCCAGGAUGAGCUGGCAUGGGGGCUUCGUGUCCUCUGGGUUAGUUGCCCUGCGGGCCAUUUUGGCUUCCCGGUGCCUUUUCGAAGGGCACGGCAGCUUCGCUUCCGUCUAUGUCCCAGAGCAGCAAGGGCUCUUCGGAAACACCACUUUGCUUGAAAUCCUCGAAGCAGCGAAGGCACGGCCCGGGCAGAAGCAAGAGUGCAGCGACGCGCGACCCCGGGUGGUUGUGACUCUGUCUACCUUUGAGGGGAGACUUGGUAAUCUCAAGAUGGCACUGCAGUCGCUGGCAGUUCAAAGCUGCACGCCCGACGCCAUUUACGUGUUCGUUUCGCAGAAUCCUUUCACCAAGUCUCAGCUUGCAGGCGGUAAUGAUGGCGAUGGAAUCGUCGGAGACGAUGCGUUUUGGGAAGACAUCGCUAAGAUUCACAGUAGCAUCAUUGUGAAGCACAUCAGCGACGACUGGGGGCCGGCUACAAAGUUGCUUGCAGCUCUGCAAGUUGAAAGAGAUCCCAGCACAUGGCUCAUUACAGUGGACGAUGACACAAAGUACCAUGUGGACACAGUUCUGGCGUUAGUCCUGGCGGCGAUGAACCUCCCAUGGAACAGCUCCCCUGCUUUCUGGUGCGAGGAGGCUUGGGCUGAUGGUUACCGAAGUCUGAAGAAGAGGACUAUGAAUCGGGGUGAAGAGGGCACUGUGCAUGGAUGGUGUGGAGGAUUUGCUGGCGUUCUUUUCAAGAGGUUUAUGCUCGGUGACCAUGUCUUCAAUUUCAGCCGGGCCCCCGUCGGAUGCCGAUCUCAUGAUGACGUUUGGUGGGGUCGCCAUCUACUCAGCGCAGGAAACACUCCCUACCUGAUAGAUCCAGGAUUCUUCUCUGUGGAGUGGUCUCCAACGUCAUCCUCCGAGAGGCAGAGAUUCAGUGUUCAUGUCUUGGACGGCAUGGCUAGAACGUCUGGGAGCGAUCUUCAAAGUGAGUGCGCUUCUUGGUUUGCCGCCCUCCGGGGUGUCCACCUGGAUGGCUUUGAGGACGAUGAUGUCUUCAGGCAUCCUGAGGCCACCUCCCAGAACGCCCAAGACCUAUCCAUCCUCAAGCAGUUCUUCUCCAGUAAGAAGGGCAUGCGACCCAGUGGAACAUUUGUGGAAUUCGGUGCUCUGGAUGGGAUCGCUCACUCCAACACAAACUUCUUCGAAGCUGCCUUAGGUUGGUCUGGAGCACUUGCGGAGCCGUCUCACUACGCCGAUGAGCUCAGAAAGAACCGACCAGGCAGUUUCGCGCUGCACGGAGCGAUCUGCGGAAAGUCGGGCCUGAGAAAUUUCGUAGACGCAGAUUGGCCCGGCGUCUCUGGGUUUAAGGAUGCACUCGACCCAGCCUUCCUUGAGGACAUGAAGCAAGGCCGCACAUGGUUCAACAUCACCAUCCAUCAGCUCAAGUGCCACACUCUCCAGGAGUUCCUUGACUUAGCAAAGCUUCGGCAUGUUGACUACAUGUCCGUGGAUACGGAGGGCAGCGAGAUGGAGAUUCUCAGUACCUUUCCCUUCGACCAGUACCAGAUCGACACGAUCCAAGUGGAGUCGAAAUGGAACAGUUGCAUCGUCAUACGAGAUGGAUUUAUGUCGCGUGCCGACGUUUGGAACUAUUGGUGUUACCAUCAAGAAGGUCCACAGAAGCUUAUCCAGCUCAUGACCUCUAAAGGCUACUCGCUGGCACGGACACAUGUUGUCAGCUUGAGUGACGGACUCAUCCGAACCAGUAUGCACCAUUUCUGGCGGCCAUUUCACAUAACAGGAGAAAUGACUGUUGAUCUCGUUUUCCGGUUAGGCUGA